UUUUUCAUUGUUUACUUUAGCAUAAUAUAUUCCCCUUUCUUGAUUAAUUGAAAUGACUGCUUCUACUGAUAAACUUGUUAUAUUUGAUACUACUCUUCGCGAUGGUGAACAGUCUCCAGGUGUAACUUUGAACGCAGAGGAGAAGAUCGAGAUUGCUAAACAACUUUCUCGUCUUGGUGUUGAUGUCCUUGAAGCAGGUUUUCCGAUUGCCUCUUUGGGUGAUUUUGAAGCUGUGAAUCGUAUUGCUCGAGAAGUUGGACCUUUAAUGAUUGGAAGAGAAAAAAUAGGUCAUCCUAUGACAAUUUGUGGUCUUGCUCGUUCAACGCCUGAUGAUAUUAAACGCUGUGCAGAGGCGAUUGCACCUGCUCCUCGUAAGCGUAUUCACGUCUUCCUUGCAACAUCGGAUCUUCAUCUUAAAUACAAACUUAAAAUUAAUCGUGAAGAAUGUAUUCAACGUGCAGUAGCUGCUGUCACUUUGGCACGUACCUUUGUUGACGAUGUUGAAUUUUCACCUGAAGAUGCUGGACGUUCUGAUCCUGAUUUCCUUUGUCAAGUACUUGGUAAUGUAAUAGAAGCUGGAGCUACCACCCUUAAUAUCCCAGAUACGGUGGGUUACAAUAUGCCUGAAGAAUAUGGAAAUCUAAUAAAAUAUUUGAUUGAAAAUACACCUGGUUCUGAAAGAGUGAUCUUUUCGACACAUUGUCAUAACGAUCUUGGUUUAGCUACUGCUAAUACCUUAGCAGGUAUCAGUCAUGGUGCACGACAAGUGGAGGUGACCAUCAAUGGUAUUGGCGAACGAGCGGGUAACACAUCGAUGGAAGAAAUCGUGAUGGCUAUUCAUACUCAUCCUAAUUAUUUCCCUGUUCAUCAUACGAUCAAUACAACUUUGAUUUAUCGUACCUCUCAGAUGGUCUCUACACUCUCAGGGAUGAUGGUACAAGCCAAUAAAGCGAUUGUGGGUCGUAAUGCCUUCCUUCAUGAAUCAGGUAUUCAUCAAGAUGGUGUUCUCAAGAAUCGACAGACGUAUGAAAUCAUUACCCCCGAGACUGUGGGGGUAACGAAUAUCAAUCUUGUCCUCGGUAAGCACUCUGGUCGUAAUGCGUUCCGUGAACGUUGUAAGGAACUUGGGUUUAUAGAUAUGACUGAAGCAGAUUUUCAAAAGGGAUUUGAGAAUUUCAAGACUCUUUGUGAUAAAAAGAAGAAUAUAAAUGAUGCAGAUAUUUUAGCUAUUCUUAGUAAUCAAAUAGGUGCUUCCUCUAACAAUCCAUAUUAUACGUUGGUAUCGACACAAGUGGUAGCAGGUGCCAAUACGACCUCUAUGGCCUCUGUCAAACUUUAUAAUGUAAAGGAAGAUAAAGAGUCAAGUGAUGCGGCUGUGGGCGUGAAUGGUCCUAUUGAUGCUAUCUUUGAAGCUAUUCAACGUAUUAUAGGUCGUCGUUUCCUUCUUACCAAAUUUGAUAUCAGUGCUGUUGGUGAAGGAAACGAUGCCUUAGGUAAAGCUGAAAUUCAAGUCAAGGCUGAUUCUUCCUUACACCACCACCAACAGGAUAAUCGUCUUUCAAAGGCCGCUUUUACCUCUAGUGUUGCUGAUGUGGACAUCAUUACAGCUGCUACAAAGGCUUACCUUAGUGCCAUUAAUAAACAAAUAGCAUGGGAAAAUGAAUUGGCUAAAGGGACUGCUCGCAGUAUCAAUGAGGAACGUAAAGUGGAUAUCUAA